UGGAACUAGCUGACAGAACGGCGACGGACGACGGCCGCAAAAAGCCAAAAUGGCGGAGCUUGGCAAAAACGAGAGACGCGUCCUGCUGUGUGUGUCCAGCGAAAAUUGAGUGAAAUACAUGCUAGUUCUGUGUAAAAUCGGGUCGGAAGUGCACCGCAGCAGUAGCGGAACUCGGAACCGAUCGAGUCGUGCUGAAGUUUAGCUUCUAGUGGAAAAGAAAUACGUUUAAAGUUUGCUUGAACCCGAUAGGAAGUCAUCAGCAGCAGAAAAAAAAGAAGAGUGCAUCGCGCAGUGAGUUCUAUGCUAUGUGUUAGUGGACCGCUGUGGGUGUUGGUAGAGUAGCUAUCAAAAAAAGGAAAUUGGCAACGGGUGGAAGCGCGGAAAAAGCUUUGUGUGUUUUUCCUCGACGGAACGCAUCUUGCUGCUGCUAUUGGCGAAGAAACGCGUUUUGAGUCCAGUUUCAGGACGGUUGUUCGGAUCGUUUUUUGGCAUUGUAGCUUAUAUGCCGUAUCAGCUCAUCUCAUUCUGACCCGGUAUAUCCUCCAACAGUUGAGUAUUUAUACUAAGAGUUAAUACCUACUUAUCAGUAUCUGAAUUGGGCAAUGCCUACGCUCUGUUGGCUAUCCCACUUUACCGUAUAUGAAUACAGUUAUAAUAGGGAAACGUUUGCCCACACUUCGAUGAUCAGAGGCCGAAACAGCAGCGUAGCAAAGAAGAAAGUGAGGCUACAGAAAACACGAAAAGAGUGAGAGUGCGAAUUAAUAAUAAUCAGCACGCAGGUGGUGAACAAGCCGAAAUAGAAAAUUUUUGAAUCAUUUCCUGACGCAAAAUAGAUCAAUGUGUGGAUCAAAAUGUCGAAAUAUUAUCUACAAUAAAUAAAAAAUUACCGUGAGCAAGGGAGGCAGAAGAAAAACAAAACCGCGCUAGUAAACAGAAGAAGCAUUUCGCCCCCAUCCAAGUGCAUGUGUAUGUACGCUGUAUCGUUUUGUAUUAUUGGUGUUUGUGUGCAGGGAGGAAAAUUUUCCUUUAGUAUUUUUUUCGCUCUCGUGCGGAAACCCGUAAGUGUGAGCUCUAAGUAGACAUCAUCGAACACUGAACCAGGAGCCCAAAAAGAAGCGCGAGCACGAGAAAAAUUCACUAAAAGCAUCUACGAGGGGGUUGGGAGAGCGGAAAACAACCCCACGGCCACUAUGACAACAAACAUGUAUCGGGUCGGAGACUAUGUCUACGUGGAGACAUCGUCGACGUCCCCUUACCAGAUCCGCCGGAUCGAUGAGCUCAACAAGACACCCAACGGAAACGUUGAGGCGAAAGUGAUGUGCUUCUACCGACGGCGAGAUCUGCCCACACCGCUAGUGCAAUUAGCUGAUAAGCAUCAAAUGGCCACCUCCGAAGACUCCCCCGUAGCAAUGAAGCUGAAAAAGAUGUGGCUGAAAACACCGGUCGGCGAGGAACAAGCCGCCCAGGCCGUACUAGAUCCUGCCCUAGUUGCUCUCGAAGAGGAACGAAACAGUCCCAGUUGUGCUGGCAGUGGCAACGACCGAGUCGAACAGCUAAGUCCCAAGCAGCGACAUCAGAUGAAGCACCGCGAGUUGUUCAUGUCCCGCCAAGUGGAAACCCUACCUGCCACCCAGAUCCGGGGUAAAUGCUCGGUCACGCUGCUCAACGAGGAGGAAUCGUUGCUCAGUUAUCUGAACAAAGACGAUACCUUCUUCUACUGUUUGGUGUUCGAUCCAACGCAAAAAACUCUGCUGGCAGACAAGGGGGAGAUUCGUGUUGGGAGUCGAUAUCAGACGGAGCUACAAUCGUUGCUCAAGGAUGGGGAGAAAUAUGAGCGGAAUCUCGAAGAUAUGGAAACGUUAGUAUGGACCCCUAGUCAUACGCUCACGGACAAAAAAAUCGACCAGUUCUUGGUGGUGUCCCGUUCCGUUGGUACCUUUGCCCGAGCGCUCGAUUGUACCAGUUCGGUAAAACAACCGUCCCUGCACAUGUCGGCUGCGGCCGCUAGUCGUGAUAUUACUUUGUUUCAUGCGAUGAACACACUUCAUAAGCACAAUUAUUCGAUAGAGAACGCCAUGUGUUCGUUAGUGCCCUCCAGUGGGCCGGUGCUAUGUCGCGACGAGAUGGAAGAGUGGAGUGCAUCCGAGGCUAAUCUCUUCGAGGACGCGCUAGAAAAGUACGGCAAAGACUUCAACGACAUACGAAACGACUUUCUACCGUGGAAAACGCUCAAAAGUAUAGUAGAGUACUAUUACAUGUGGAAAACGACGGAUCGAUACGUACAGCAGAAGCGAGUGAAAGCGGUGGAGGCCGAAUCUAAGCUGAAACAGGUCUACAUUCCCAACUACACCAAACCCAGCCCGGCACUGAUCACGAACAACAACAAGAACAUUCUGAACGGGAAUUCGAAUGGAAGCGGAGGUGUCGAGGUGCUAACGAUAAGUGGUGGAAAGCCGUGCGAGUCUUGUUCGACGUUAGCGUCGCAACAGUGGUACACAUGGGGACCAUCACAUCUCAGCUGUCGUUUGUGUCAGACCUGUUGGAACUAUUGGAAGCGUUACGGAGGCCUUAAAGUAGCAUCGCGGUUAGCAGAUAAUGGUGAUAUUGACACAACGGCAGCACCGGUAGCGGCUGCCCCUGGGGCUGUGUUACUGAAAAAGCAACGAGGCGGCAUUACACCCGGAACCGGUAGUGCGGGAAGUGAUCUCGAUGAUGAUCUGACAAUUGUGGCCAGCAGUGGGCCUAUCGGUAGUCUAGGGACCGGUGGGCUGAGCAAUCAUCGGCCCCACAGUCCAUCCUUUAAAUGUUCCAUUGUCAAUUGUGGCAAAGAAUUCAAGCUGAAGGCUCACCUAGCACGACACUACGCGCAAGCACACGGAAUUCAGAUCCGAUCGGGAUCGCCGCGACCUAUUAUGAAGACGCGGACAGCUUUCUAUCUGCAUACCACUAUGACCACACGGUUAUCGAGGCGGUUAUGCAGACAAAUCAUACGUUCUAAGAAGGCUGCCCGACAACCGUCGUAUUCGAUCAACAUUGCAAACGUGAAGCAGGAAUUUGCCAUCGCCGAAGCAGGAAAAAGCAUAACGGAACUGCGCAAGUAUUUGAUCUACAAGAAAAGAGACCGAGGCAGUGUGACACAUAUCGCCAACCGACUCGGUAAUCCAGGCGCAAUCGUCGGUGAGUGGCUAAUACUAACACCGAAGGAUAAAAUGCCAAAGCCGGAGGUGGUAGCCUUCCCUAAACCACCGAAAGCACCCGAUGGAAGUUUGCUAUACGAGCGGAUACCAAAUAAACCCGAGGCUGAGAAAAUUCCACUGAAUCCCGUGACGGUGCCCACUUCGUGCAGUGCCGGUACCGUCAGUGUUCCGACUGUGAAUGCGAUUGGUGGACCAGUAGCAGUGGCUACGGUCGCACCGACAACUGCCGCUGCCGCCGUUGUUGCAACGGCCAUGCCAACGCUGGGCAGCACGGCCGGUGUAACACCGGGACGAAUCACUCCAAACGUUAGUACUACGAUUCUACCGGUUGGAAGCAAUGCUGCUAACCCACCUACAUCACUGAAACGGCGGAACUACGAGGACGCUAAUGGAAUUGAUGGCCCGGUUGCACCUCCCACGAAGAGGCCCAACAAAGAUCCCAUGCCGUCGCAUCGACCGACACCGGAGCAAUACGCAGCAAUGAUGGCCGCAGCACAGGCGGCUGGACAACCUCUACCGAGGCAUCAUAUGAACGGUAAACCAAAAAUUGCACAAAUGACACGAACCGGUUCCGGCCGGAAGCAGGUCAUAAGCUGGAUGGAUGCACCGGAUGAUGUCUAUUAUCGAUCGACCGAAGCUAGCAGGAGAACAAGAAGAAAGAUCCCUAUCACUGAGCUGCGGCGUUCGGCAAGAAAACCCUGGCGCACCCUGCAUCCGAAGUACGCUGCUAUCAUUGCUACCCUGCUACCGCCGGUUGCUAGCGUGUCGGUUGCUGCGGCAGCCGCUGCUGCUGCCGCCGCCGCAGCUGCGGUGGCCGUCACCGGUAUCUCGCAGCCACCACUAACGCUUCCGUCUCAACUAACGGCACAACUGAAUGCCACCAGUGGUCAACUUCCUCACACUGCCGCCGUGACCGCUGCGACAAACCUUAACCUCAAUCUGAAUACUAACAUUGCCGCCGCUGCUACACUGGCCAGUGUUCAUCCGCUGGCGGCUCAACUGGCCACUAGCAACAGUACCAAUAGUAGCAUCAGCAAUAUCAACAACGGUACCAGCAACAACAAUAGCAGUAGUAGCAAUAAUAAAGCCAACAGCGAUCUACAGGUUGUAAUCCUAGACUGACCCGAACCUCCGAAACAGUUGCAACAGAAUCAACAACUACAUCAACAACAACCACAACAACAGCAUGCACACAUGACGCCGACGCCGUCACAACAACAGCUGCCGCCGCCGCCACAUCCAUACACGAUGGAAGCACUGCUCAAUUAACUCGUAAACUAAAAAAAAAUACACACACACAAACAGUAAAAAAAAGCUCUGAUAAUGAAAGAAAAAGAAAUCGUUUUCGUUUUUUCUUUUCGAUUUUAUCUUAAUUUUAGGACGCGAGGUUGUUUUCAAAUCAAACGCCUCAAAAAACUAUUUAAAUAAUACAAUGUAAACUAUUGAUGCUCUGUGAGACAAAAAGUAGUAGCGAAAAGAAGAAAAAGAAGAAGAAGAAGAGGAAGAUAGUACUAAUAGCGUGGCGGUUGGAAGUUCUGAAGAAUUUUUACGCCCGCGCAACCCCGAGAGUGAAACGUAAAACAAACAAAAAACGGUAUUUCUGCAUGCAUGCACGAGAGGAAGAAAAAUGCCCGAAUUCACGAACGGCAGCAGGAAGAUAUGUGAGUUUAAGUAUAUUUUUUGUAAAAAGUAAAAUACAUCGCUCCCUCUUAAUUAAGAGUAAAUUCUUAAAAUAAAGUAACAAAAAAAUGAAUGCAUUAAAAUUCAGCAAAAAAGAAUCGCCACGAAAGCAAAUGAUAAUAAGCUAAAAUUCAAUUUACUACAAACAUUUAGAAGAAUACAACUGAACAGCAGCCAGCAAAAGAUUCGAACUGUUAGCGAAUAGGAGGGAUAUCAUUAACUUUUUCUCCAACUUUGAUGAAACCUCUCUCAAAAAUAAACAAGUAACAGUUGAAAUGCAGACAAA